GACUCCAAUUCUUGACCGUUGAACUUUGGAGGGAAAGCUGUUCUCGCCAUGGCUGCAGAGGAGCUGGAUAAAAUGAGUGUCUUUACAGAGCUGUCAAACCAAGCCGUGCAGGAGUAUGAAGAGCUGCAGAACAAGAACAAGACAGCAGCCAUGAUGUGCAAGAGGCUGGAGGAGGAGCGAGACGAGGCCAUGAAGAAACUCACUGAGUUCCAGCAGGUGUCUCAGCUGGUGAUUGAAGAAGUCAGUGCCAUUCAGGAGAACCUGGAAAUUGAAAAGAUUUGCAGAGAAAGUGCCGAAUCUUUGGCCUCCAAGUUAAAGCGUCAAAACCGCUCUCUGAAGAGGAAGAGCAUGAUGAUGAUGUCCCACCUCAGCCCUGAGACCAUCACAGAGAUUAACCUUGCAGAGGAUGAAGAGGAGGGUGAAGACCUGGGAUCUGCCAGCAAAAUUUGCCGUUCUGCCAUCUGCAACACCUUGAUCUCAGAUUUACAACAGAAGUUGGAACUGAUGCUUAAGGAAAAGAGUCAGGCACUUUCUGACCUGGAGUCAGUUAGACAACAGCUCAGAGACACCAUGGAUGAAUUAAUGAAAGAAAAACACGAUAACACUGUUUUAAUUGCUGAAGGACUGCACCAAAAGAAGCUCCUGGAAAAAUACACCAGAGUUUCUCAGUUUGCUGUGGAGGAAUACGAAGUUUUGGAGGACACCUUAAACCAGGAGAAAAACCUGAGGACAGAAGCAGAAACAUUUGCCAGAGCAAUGAUGGUUGAGCAAAAGAAAUUGAAGAGACAGAGUGAAAUGCUGACGCAAAGCUGCUCGUCCAGUCAAGCCGCAAUGGAAGCCCUCAGUCAGUUGGCUGAUCUGACCAGUGAGCUGGAGGCUCAGAGGCUGGAGCACCAGAACCAGGUUAAGCAUUUAGAGGAAAAGCUGAAGAGCUGUGGGGCUCAGAAGGAGAUAACAGCAUUGAGGCGUAAACUGGAAUUCUUGGAGGAAGACAAAAAAGAGAGCAGCAUUCGAUGCUCCAAGGCUGAACAGGAAGUCAAGGAUCUCCGCUUCACAGUUGAGGAGCUUCAAAAAAAGUUGCAGGCUGCUGUCAACCCACCUCCAGCUCCAGCACCUCCCCCUCCACCACCACCUCCACCUCCUCCAGCUCCAGCUUCAGCUUCCAACCCCCUCAGUGUUCUGCUGUCACUCAUCCGAAAGAAAAAAGACAUCAAUGACGAUAUCCUACUGGUGGACACAGACUCUGCUAAAACAUCAGAGGUGGAUGUCAGGCAGCAGGCAGUGGAGGAAAUGAUGCAAAGAAUAAAAAAAGGGGUUCAACUUCGACCCGUCAGCCAGUCACCAAACAGGACCAGGAAACAGAUGGAGAGGCUGCCGUCUAAUUUUGCCAUUCAGGAACUUAAAGGAAUCAUGGAGAAUUUCAACAAACCCCGCCCCCAAACAAAGGCUGCAUCUCCUUCAGCGAGGCAUGACGACGAGCUGCAGAGGAUCCUGUUGAGGCGACGGGAUGCUCUGAUGCUCCCGACACAAUGACAGUUUCCUUCCUGGUUUCUCCCGUGCAUUGUGAGAGGAGCCACAAGACUGAUCUCAGACCAGG